AAACAAACGAAAACCGUCUUGCACCUCAUACCCCUCCAACCUUGAAAUCCACUUAGAGUAAGUCGCCUUAAUUAUUAUUUCAAUGCCUGCUCGAGUAGCUGGCUCACGAUCUGCUCGUACGCGAGCCCCACGAAAACGAGCCCCCGCCGCCGCCGAGGAAACUCCAGCUACCACAUCUCCAGCACUUGAACCUAGCCCACCACCAGCAACUUAUACUCCGCUUCAAGAUGCCAUUGCAACUAUAUUUCAAUCGGCCCAGAAGACUACAGCUGGUCACAGGAAAUUGGCAAUUACGAUGCGGUCUAUUUGGGAACAGUGUGCAGCAGGCACUGGGUCCCUGGGCACGUCCAUCGGUGGGGGAAGGGUUGGAGAAAAGGCCUUUGUCAAAGGAUUCACUAGUUUCCUUAAUAGGGUUCUUGUGACCAAGAAAAGUGAGGUUGUGGGAGAUAGAUGCUUGAGAUUCAUAGACUUAUUCGUGAGGGGGCUGCUUGAUAAAGACGGUGAAGAUGAGCAAAUGAUAGAAGGUGAAGAAGGGGCUGUUGAAGAAACACCUGCAAUUCGCUUCGUUCUUCGAUUCAUCUUUUACCUCUUGCCGUUGAUAUCUUCGAGAGAGAAAACGGUCCGAUAUCGUACCACACAGCUUCUCUCGCUUUCAUUGGCCAACGCAUUACCAGAAUUUCCUUAUGACUACUCUACAAAGUCGAACGCUAUAUUCAAGCAAUUGAGAUCCGAGCUCUUGAAGCGCAUCAAGGAUAAAGAAACUCCUGUUCGAGUUCAGGCAGUAGUCGGCGUGAUAAAAUUACUAGAAAUGGGUGUUGGAACGGGUGAGGAUGAUAGUGAGGGCGGUGACGAGGAGGGGGAUGGUAAUGUGUUGGCUGCUUUGAUUGAAACUAUGCAAAAUGAUCCCAGCGCAGAUGUUCGGCGUACAAUUUUGUAUAAUAUCAACCCUACCCCCGAGACACUUCCUUACCUCCUUGAACGAACCCGUGAUACCGAUCCAGUAACCCGCCGUUCGGUUUUCACGCGCCUCCUUCCCGGCCUUGGCGAUUUCCGUCACCUUUCUAUUGGGAUGCGUGAAAAGCUGCUUCGAUGGGGUCUUAAUGACCGUGAUGAGUCUGUCCGUGAAGCUGCAAGACGUAUGUUCAACUACCGCUGGCUUGAAGAUGUCGAUGGCGAUGUAAUCGAAAUCCUUGAGCGCUUGGAUGUUACUAGCGACGGCCCUCAAGGCGGAGUUAAGGAACUCGCGUUGAGAGGCUUCUGGGAGGAGAGGAAGGACUUUGUUGAGAAAAUUACCUUCGGCGAUGAAUUUUGGGAAGAUCUUACAGCAGAGUCUGCAUUUCUGGCUCGGAGUUACAACGAUUACUGCAGAGAUCUUCCGAGUGCUCAGAGAGAGGCAGGGGAAAUUGACGAAAAAAUGCCUGAGGUUACAAAGCUAGCACUUCACCUCCAAAAAUAUCUGAAUAAGCUUGUUGUCGCCCUAGAGAGCGAAGAUGCGGAAGCAGCUACUUGGGAAUUUGUUGCCGAGCAACUUCUGAUGAUUGCUUCGAGGAUGGACUAUGGAGAUGAAAUUGGACGGAGAAAGAUGUUUGCCCUGCUUCGCGAGAGUCUCGCCAUACCUGAAUUACCUGAAGGCGUUACUAAAUUGAUAACUGAAUGUCUUGCUAAACUUAGUAUGGGCGAGGGCGAUUUUUGCAUGUUAAUCUUGGAGGUCAUUGCAGAGGUACAUGAUCGAAUCGCCGACGAUGAAGACGAGGCUGGGGCUGCCGACGAAAGCUUUCAUUCAGCGAAGAGCGACGUCAGUGAUGAUGGCAUUGAGGAUGCUAUCACUGUCAGGGUGCCUUCUGUAAAAGCUACUGUGAAGGAGCUCAUGAUUAACCUAAAGUGCCUUCACAUUGCUCAAUGUAUGCUUGAAAAUGUGUCGGGAAGUUUGAAGAAGAAUACCCAUCUUGUAACCAUGUUGAAUGGUCUAGUUGUUCCUGCUGUGCGGAGUCAUGAGGCACCGGUAAGGGAACGUGGACUUAGAUGCUUGGGGUUGAGUUGUCUUUUAGACAAGACACUUGCUGAAGAGAAUCUUACUCUCUUCGCUCAUUGCUUCAACAGGGGCCACGAGGCACUGCAAAUAGAAGCGCUUCAUAUCAUGUCGGAUAUUUUGGUUACCCAUGGCUCCGCGAUCUUUGAGGGAGAUAGCUGCGAAGUGGAGCAAAGGGUUCUCUACAGAAUGUUUGCAAAAGCAUUGAAAUUUGACGAAGUACCAGAGGUACAGGCUACUGCUACAGAAGUGGUCUGCAAAUUGAUGCUUGCACAGGUCAUCAAAGACGAAGAGGUAAAGCUCCAAUUGCUACUCAAAGUACUUGUAGUCGCGUAUUUCGAUUCGGCAACGGUAGAUAACCAAAGCCUUCGUCAAAUCCUAACAUACUUCCUACCAGUCUACUGCCACUCCCGCCCUGAAAAUCAAACAAGAAUGCAGAAGAUAACGGUAAACACUAUUCACCAACUGCUCCUGAUCCGUGAGAAUCUGGGCGAAGAGGAAGAAAUGGUCUCAAUCACCACUACAGCCUCACAGAUGGUCGACUGGACCGACCCCCGCAAGAAUGUUGGCGGGGGGGUUCAGGCAGGUCGCGGCGGCAUCGAAGAAAGGAUUGUCGACCCAAAUGUGCACGUUGACCUCGCCAUAGAUACCUUGGAACGCGUCAGUAGCAGCAGCUGCAACAAGGAGGAGAAAAAAGUGCUAUGCACAAUGCUCGGAAAGCUUUAUAUACCAGCUGAAGCCACUCCCGAAAAGCUCAGGGAGUUGUAUGAUCUUGUCGCCCAGGCGAUCGGGGAUAAAGUUGCCACGGAUGCGCCAUCCAGGAAUGCACUCAAUAAGCUGGAGCUUUCGUUAGGGAAGAUUGUCAGUGAGCUGGAGCGGGACGGUGCAACGGAGGCUACAGGAGACGAGCUGGCAGCUACAGGAGACGAAACGGAGGCUGUAGCUGGCGAGGCGACUGCAGGAGAGGCCUCGGAUGACGAGGAGGGGGAUGAUACUAUUGUCAUGACGAGGCCUCCGAGGGUAGAUGAUCUCGCGAGCGAGACUGGCAGGGAGACAAGCGCCGUCCCUUCGAUGGAAGCGGAGGAGCAAGAAGGUGGUGAUGAGGACGAAGAGUAGCACGCUUCACUCUUCGAAAUCUUCUACGUUAUGGGUCUUCUCGGCGAUGUAUGAGUAAAAACGAGUCACUGUUAGUUUUAUGAUAAUGAUAUUUUGAGAUGUUAUCGGCA